CAGAGGAGGAGGGUCUGAAGGACAGAGAGUUGCAGGCUGUGAAGGCUGGAGUUGUGUCAGUUUGAGGAAAGAGGACAAGUCUCUCAAAGCCUGCUCCUGGUGAUAGAUAGAUAAACAUUAAAGCCCCCCUGAGGAAUGGCAGUGAGCCCAGGCGGGGACACCAAGGGCCUGCAGCUCCCUGACUCCCAGUGUGACUCUGGCCUGGAUGGGGAGCUGAGCCUGGGCCUGGAGCCGGCCCCAGGGGCGGCCCCCGGCCCUCAGUGCGGGCCCUCCGGGGAGGACAGCUGCGACUCGGCCUACGCCUCGGAUCUGCUGGAGACGUUCGGCGCCCGCUGCUCGCUGGGCUCGGCCGGGGGUCAGGCCCCGGGCCCUGAGGCUCCCUUCGACCCCUGGGCCUACCUCAGCGAGGAGGGGGACACGUUCCUCCAUCUCUGCAUCAUUCACGAGGCUGAGGCCUUAGCCCUGGCAUUCAUUGACCAGUCACCGCUGGAGUAUCUGAACUGGCAGAAUGACCUCUUUCAGACGCCCCUGCAUUUGGCCAUGUACACGCGCCAGACGAAGAUAGUGCGGCAACUAGUUUUGAAGGGAGUGGACACCGAGCUACAGGAUCGUAACGGAAACACCGCACUGCACCUGGCCUGCCAGUACAGCCUGGAGGAGUGUGUGCCGGUCCUUACAAAGCCUGUCACAGCCAAAGAGCAUGCCUUGUUUGGAUUUGACACCCCCAGCCCCCUGGGACCUCGGAACCUUGAGAGACAUAACUGGCAAGGUUUGACCUGUUUGCACCUGGCAGUUCUAUAUAGGAAUGAUGUGAUGGUGGACUACCUGCUGUCUUCAGGAGCAAGAGUCAAUACACAGGAGUCAACGAGUGGACGGACUGCCUUGCAUCUGGCGGUGGAGCUAGGGGAGUUGGGGCUGGUGACGCGGCUGCUGCGAGCUGGAGGUGAAGUGGACGCUCCCAUGUACAACGGCUGCACUCCCCUCCACCUGGCGGUGGGGCGGCUAGACGCUGGCAUCGCUGUUGCCCUCUGCCAGGCCGGUGCCAACCCGCUGCUGCCCAACCUGGAGGAGGACACCCCGCUGGACCUUGCCAGCAACAACGGCAACGUGCUUGACCUGUGCCCAUUCGACGAUGUGAGACUCCUGGGGCAGCCAGUGGUGUGACAGAACAGGACUUUGUACGUGAUGUGACCAAACAGCGAAGUCCGAAGGGUGGGGGUGGUGAUAAGGACCUGAUCUCCCAGUGGAUGGGAGGCCCUCAUAGCGUGGGACCCUCUUCCCCUGCAUUUUCACCCCUACCCCCAUCCCUGCCCCCUCCAACACCUGCUGUGGUGGGGGGUGGUGAAUGUCCAGUCUCACCCGACUCCUUGCAUCCUGAGUCUGUUACCUCAGAAACCGAAGGGUGCAGUUUCGUCCCUGGCCAGGCAUGUAGCAGGAGGGAGUGACCCCAUGGAUAUAAAGGAAUCCACAUUACGUUGGGGACAAUAUUUCUGGAGAAGACCUGCUUUCGUGACUGAUGUUGAGCUGGAAUCUAUAUAUUUCUUGGAGUGAAGUGCGUUAAAUUUUAGCAAUGUUGCUCCGAGCUGCGAUCUCCUCCAGUAUUGCGAUUACCCGGUCAGCACCCUCCCCAUACUUUAAUCUUCCCCUUCUCUUCCCCCCCCCCCCAGCAAGACACAAGACCAAACAAAUGCCUUUAAAAUCCCAACCAGUCCUCUGGUUCAGACCGUUCCAGAGGCAUGAGUCUGCAAACCAGCCUGGCAGUGCCACUGGUAACAAGGUGGGCGCAUUGCUGGCAGAGGUGCGGUGAUUUGGUUAAGCUGAGUGUCUGCCUGAACCCUUUGGUGGAGAUUAACGGUGCCUCUACACAAUUUGAAGGGCUGAAUGACCCCUUCCCCCCCGCCCCCCCCAUGUUGGCAUGACUCUUGGUGGGGAGGUUGGUGUGGAGAAAGACCGGGAGGAGUUCUCGCCAGUGCCUUUGGAGCCAAAACUUCGCUGAAAAAUAAUUUAUUUGAUAUUUAUGACGAGUGUUGUUCCUGUGAGCUUCCUGCGUGUGAAUUGGCUGCUGUGCUUCCUGCAUUUCAACAGUCACCAGGCUUCAAAACUGUAAAGCACUUUGCGAUGCCCUGAGGUGGUGACAGUUGUUAAAUAAAUGAGGUCUCUUUCUUCCAGCUCUCCAUUUGCACCCAAAUUGCUGAGUGCUUUCGGAGCACUUUUAUUUUUACAUAAUAAAGACAUUGAAAAAA